GCGAUUCCAAGUCGGUCUUCUCGUUUGCAGCUCUCUGCGAUUCCUCUGUGAUUUCGGUUCCUGUGCGAAAGGUCGCUCUUUUUCAGUUGGGCUUUUUGGGGGGGGUAGUUUGAGCUUCGGAGGAUGGCGAUGUCGUUGGUGAUGAUGGGGUCGAUGGGCGGUGCGUCUUCGUCUUCGAGCGGGAGGUGUGCGGGGCGAGGUGAGGUGUUGAAGGGGAUGAGGAAGGGGGGGAGGGGCGGAGGCAAUGUGAGAUGCGCGGCCGCGGCCGCCGCCGCAGGAAGCAUGGCGGAUCACUAUCGGAUGCUUCGGAUUCAUCCGGGAGCGUCGGAGAAGGAAGUCAAGAAGGCGUUUAGGAAGCUCGCUCUUCAGUAUCAUCCAGAUGUUUGCAAAGGCAGCAAUUGCGGUGUCCAGUUCCAUCGUAUCAAUGAAGCCUAUGAUAUUGUUAUGAGCAGUUUGAGACGAGCUGAGGAGGAGCAACAGCAGUGGCAGCCACAAGGAUGGAGCAAGGAUGUCGAUCGCAAUCCGAUGAGUGGGAUGUAUGACCCGAGCUGGGAUUUGUGGGAGGAAUGGAUGGGUUGGGAGGGAGCUGGCACCAGAGAUUACUCAUCCCACAUCAACCCCUACAUCUAAUCAAACUCCUAAUAAACUUCCUUCUGAUACAGAAACAUGUACAUAAAGAAGGGUUGUUGUAUUCAAGCCUAACUCAGAUACAUAUUUCUAUUCUAAUUAGACAAAUUGUCUGAUGUUGAUUUGUUAUUUAAGCUAUUGCUAUCAUCAAUCUGCUCCUGCUGUUGAUCCCAA